AUGACAAAACAACAACAUUUAUCAUGGUCAUCUUGUGCGACUAGUGCAACUUCUAAUACGCGACGAAGACGUGGUUCUGGUUCUUCACAAACGACACGAUCCUUUUAUCCUCUUCACAGGUCUAUCACUGAUGAAGAAAGCUAUGCUGAUAAACCAUCACCUAUCACACGCUUUGUGUCGAAGCUUCUGGGCCUCGGAACAUCUUCCUCCUCUACACCAUCCUCCUCCUCCUCCAACCACAGAAGGCGUCCUCCUUUAGCUCACAAGUCCCAUUCAACAACUUCAAUCACAAAGGGAGGGUCUGUCAUUUCUUCAGCAUCGACUGUGCAUUGCGACAACAAUAAUACCACCCCAUCAGUUGACCUUGCGGUCCUUGACUGGAAACAAGUAUCACCCACCAAUAGUAGCUAUUCAAGCACCUGUAGCAACGACUCAGCUUUCUGCUGCGACCAAAACCAACAACGUCUAUCGUGUAGUUGCCCUGCUUCUCCACCUCCACCUUUACCAGCAACCAACACUACUACUAUCAAUUCAGCAGCUGUCGACGCUCUUGUGUCUGCUGCAAGUCAACUUGAACAGCAAAAUAAAAAGCAACGGCUCGUCGAUUUUUUGGAUAUAAUGGAACCACCCAAGUUAACGGGUCGUCGACCUGACACCGAACCUGUAUUGGAUGCUCUAGUCGCUGAACAGAUUCGAUCUUAUCUCCCAAGGCGUUACAGGCUAGCAACCACUUGGUCCCUUAUUUACAGCCUUGAUCAGCAUGGUUCAAGUAUGGCAACCCUUUAUCGAUUGGCGAAACGUAAUCGAGGACCUUGUGUGCUCGCCAUCAAGGAUGACAAUGAUUCGAUCUUUGGCGCGUUUCUAAAUGAAUCUAUCAAAGGCAACAAGAAUUCAUAUUACGGCAACGGUGAAUGUUUUCUAUGGAAGUUCUGCCGCGCUACCAAUACACUCAAAGUUUUUCCAUGGACAGGAAAAAACGAAUACAUGAUCUUAUCAGAGACCGAUUUUAUUGCCAUUGGUGGAGGUGAUGGCAAAUUUGGCUUAUGGAUCAAAGACAGCCUUUAUGAGGGAUACAGCGAACAAUGUCCAACCUUUGACAAUGAACCAUUGUCCACGACUGCCGAUUUUCAUUGCAUUGAACUUGAAUUAUUUGCAUUGGGGUGA